AUGAGAGCUACUACCGUUUACAAAACCAAUGGCAGUGGGCGUUUGCACCAGAGAGUUGCCAUCGUUACUGGUUCAUCAUCUGGUCUAGGCCGUGGAAUAGCGUUGGCACUUGCCCGUGAAGGUGCGAUCCUGGUUUGCACAGAUCGUGUUGCCGAAGCACGGCAGGAUGGAUUCGAAGAAGACAAGCACAUUCCUACGCACGAUGUCAUUAACCACAACGGUGGCAAAGCAAUUUUCCAGAAAUGCGAUCUGAUGAACACGUCAGAAAUUGUUGCCCUUGUCGAGGCGGCCGUCAAGAACUUCAAUAAACUAGACAUUCUUGUCAACAACGCAGGCUUGUGGAUGCCCUUGCGGGACUUUGUAGAGGAGACCGAGGAGCAGUGGGACGCCAUGUUUGCGAUCAAUGCCAAGGGCACGGCUACCGCGAUGCGUGAGGCCAUCAAGCAGUUUCUCAAGCAGCCCAUUGACGAAGUGUCCGGGUCGAGAGGCCGAAUCGUCAACAUCUCCUCUGCCGCUGGCGGCCAAACAGCCAUUCGCCGAGAGGCGACGUAUGCUGCGAGUAAAGCAGCGGUAGCAAUGUUGGUACAGAAUGUCGGUCUCGACCACGCCAAGGACUAUAUCAACGUGAAUGGGGUGACGCCAGGAGUUGUUCGGAGUGGUAUGGCCAGUAUCAACUUCCAGACACCUGCCAUUAUCGCUGAGAUGAAAAAGGGCACGCCGUGGCCGAGACUUGGGGAGCCUUUAGACAUUGCCAAAGCGGUCGUAUUCCUUUGCAGCGAUGAUGCGCAAUGGAUUACGGGUCAGAAUCUGGCAGUGGACGGCGGCCUCACAAUUGGUAUCCCAUUUUAG